CUGUGAACGUCUCCAGCAGACUUCGCUUAUGCGCCUCUCUUAAUGGGGGCGUGUAUAUAAAUUGCAGUGACCACAGGAGCUGACAGUACAUGCUCACAGCGACAACAGCAGAGCGCCCGCAUACCGUACUCUCUGUUGCCGAGAAGUUUAGAACUUGCCAUCAACCAUGAUUCGCUUCGUGGCUUGCCUUCUCCUGUGCGGCUUGGCCGCUGGACAGCGCAGGGACAUCAACUACGAAGACUGCGGCAGCAAGGCGAAGGUCCUCUCAGCCCAAAUAGAGCCUUGCGACUCCGACCCCUGCGUGAUGAAGCGCGGCACGAAGCCCAAGGUCUACUUCACCGUUACCUCUGAUCAGGACACCGCGACGGCCAAGCUGGAUGCCAAAAUCAGCGUGUUCGGUGUCGAACUUCCGGUUCCCGGCCUGGAGAAUGAUCUGUGCAAGAACAUGGUGGAGUGUCCGAUCAGCAAGGGCCAGACCUACUCCGGCGUCAUGGAAGUGUUCGUGCCUGAAUUCGCACCCGUGAUGAAGACAUACGUCUCGCUCAAGGUGUUGGGCGACGACGGCGUCAGCGUCUGCGCCAAGACACCCGUCCUGAUUGAAUAAACCAGCAACGUCAGUUUUGCCCCGCACUGUGCAGCCACCCGUCGCACAUGCCAUGCGCACUGCGUUAUACGUAAAGUCCAACUUUGGGCGGUGUUCGCUGUAGGCACUUCCUCAUCCUCCCCACUCCCCCUCCCAGUGGGAAGCCGCUCUUUCCAGCACAGUCCUUGACGAAAAGCGAAGACUGACUUAACGGACCAAUUGUAAUGCAGCAGUGAAUAGGGCCCUGGACUGAGAGCUUCAUACAAAUAAGCAACAAAUAAAGUUUUAUACUUCUACCACUAUCGGACAAUAAGCUUCAAUAAAUAUUCUGUCA